AUUAGCAGCUAGCUAUUGUUUGUUGAGCUUUUGUUGUACUAAAGUCCGUAAUUUUCUUUAUUAGAUCUUGUUAAGUAUUUUCAUUCAGAAUGAAUUGCUGCCAAAACAUUUCUAUGCCGAGUUGUGUGUGGUUUGAAAGUGGAGAAAAACAAAACAUCAUUGCAUCCAUAUUUGCAGGAAUAUUGUUUUUUACAGGAUGGUGGUUUAUUAUUGAUGCUGAAGCGAAACAUGCGAAUAGUAUCAAGGCAGCUCAUGUGUGUGGUGUAAUGGCUUCACUUUCACUAAUCAUGAUCAAUUCGGUCUCUAAUGCUCAGGUGCGUGGUGAGACAUAUACUGGUGGCUGCAUGGGCCCUCGUGGUGCCCGCCUUUGGCUGUUUCUAGGAUUCGUCAUUGGUUUUGGUUCUCUUAUCGCUUCCUGUUGGAUUCUCUUUGCUAAUUAUGUAAAUGACAAAAAUUCUCAAUCAACAUGGCCGGGAGUGUGUUUGUUUCUCCAGAAUGCACUUAUAUUCGCUGGCUCCUUAACUUUCAAGUUUGGACGUACUGAAGACCUGUGGGGUUAAAUUUAUUUUAAAGAUCUUUGUAGAAUGUUUAUUAUUGUUCUAUAAAUUAGAUUAAUUAGUUUUGAUUAAAACAUUUUUUGAUAAUUUCAUAACAUUUCUUUUAGUAGUUUGUUAGGAGUAUAAACUUCUAUAUAACAUUCUAUAUUAUGUUUCUUUUAUAAAGCAAUAUCUGUCUCCUUUUUUUUACUUAAAAAUUUAACACUUUAUCAAAAGUUUGUUAUAGUGUACAAUAUUUACAUUAUGCAGAAUACAAUUAAAAUUGUUUAAGCUUGUGAUGUAAUUCACUUAUCUCUAAAUAUGUGUAAAUAAAAGUGCAGUUUACUUAUAAUAAUUAUUGAAUAAGUUACGUAUUGUUAAAUAAGUAUUUGAAUAACUGAAAAUAGUUGUAAACUUAUAGAUUGAUUAUGUAUUUAUUGUUAUUAUUUUAUUCAAAAUUAUGAGAUAUUCCAAGGGAUCGAUGUAAAAGUUUGAAGCAAGUAAAUUUAUUAUUUUGAUAUCAAUAAAUCAU